GCGUGCGUGUGUGUGUCUAUAUAUAUAGGCCCGGCAGCGAUCAUUGGUAUACCGUGCCAUCUACAAAAAAACAAGCAGUAGUGUGAGAUCACCUUGAGAUUAGGAUACAAGUUCCACAUCCAUCUCACCCAAGAACAGGUUAAGAAAUUAGCCUCUUUCCUGGAAAUUUUGGUGGUUCCUAGAGGAAAUGGCGCUGAGGAGGAUCGUCAAGGAGCUCAAGGACCUGCAGAGGGACCCGCCGACCUCCUGUAGCGCAGGGCCGGUGUCGUCCAACGACAUGUUCCACUGGCAGGCGACGAUCAUGGGGCCGAGCGACAGCCCCUACUCGGGCGGCGUGUUCCUGGUGACCAUCCACUUCCCGCCGGACUACCCGUUCAAGCCCCCCAAGGUGGCCUUCAAGACCAAGGUGUUCCACCCCAACAUCAACAGCAACGGCAACAUCUGCCUCGACAUCCUCAAGGACCAGUGGAGCCCCGCCCUCACCAUUUCCAAGGUUCUGCUGUCGAUAUGCUCGCUGCUGACGGACCCCAACCCGGACGACCCGCUGGUGCCGGAGAUCGCGCACAUGUGCAAGGCCGACCGGACCAGGUACGAGUCCACGGCCAGGGGCUGGACGCACAAGUACGCCAUGGGAUGAGAUAGAUAACUAAACAAGAGCUUGAGCUCGAUCGAUCGAACUCAAAGAUGUGGAAACCAUGUACCGAUGAAUAAUACUCAAUCAACCCUUUGCUUCAAAUUA